UCAUUCAAGUUGGGAGUUAGGAGGAAACAGCGUUGCAAACGAAGUUUACAAUGACGGCGAAUGCGAUAAGGUGAAUGAAAGCUGUUGCCGUUGUGUUCCAAAGUCUGUUUUUACUUUUCUGAAAAAAAUAAAAAUGAGGUUUCGGCUGCUCAAAAGGAAUCUGCUCGCGCUGUUGGGUGUUUCCUUUGUACUUGUGACUCUCCUGUUUACAACACGUGUGUUAUUAGUUUCCGAUAAUGACGCAACUGGACUUAAUAAUAAUAAUAACGCCGUUCAGGUUAAUCAGUGCACGCGCUCUGGUGCCAUGGCGAAGUUUAACUUCGGCUCGCUUGCGGAGUUGACAAAGUCCGUUUACAAUGCCAAUUACAGGCAGUGUGUUCACAAUGCGGAUAGGUUCCCAGGGGAGCCUAGACUGGUGCUGGUUGUGCAGGUCCACAACAGGCCUGAAUACCUCAGACUGCUCAUCAAGUCACUGGAGAAAGCGGCUGAAGUCCACAGCUUUCUCCUCAUCUUUAGCCAUGACUACUUUUCAGAGAAAAUGAACGCCAUUGUGCAAGGGAUAACUUUCUGCAAAGUCCUGCAAAUUUAUUUCCCCUUCAGCACUCAGCUGUAUCCCGAUGAGUUUCCUGGAAAGGAUCCGCGGGACUGCCCUCGAGACAUAUCCAAGGACAACGCUCUCAAAACAGGAUGCCUGAACGCAGAGCACCCGGACUCGUAUGGACACUACAGGGAGGCGUUCAUCACUCAGACAAAACACCACUGGUGGUGGAAAUUGCACUUUGUGUGGGAGCGAGUGCAGGCGAUGCAGGGCUACAGUGGCUUUGUAGUCUUUCUGGAGGAGGACAACUACAUCUUACCGGACUUUUUCCAUUUCUAUAAAUCAAUGAUGGAGUUCAGGAAGAGCAGCUGCCCGGAUUGUGACAUGCUGUCCUUAGGUAACCACAAUGGACUGACAGAUUUCACCACACUUUCCAAUAAGGUGUUGACCACUGGGUGGAUGUCCACUAAACACAACAUAGGCAUGGCCAUCUCCAGGGAGAUGUACUACAAACUGAUGGGCUGCAACAACGAAUUCUGCACCUACGACGACUACAACUGGGACUGGACGCUGCAGCACCUGUCGGGAACCUGCAUAUCAAAGCCCGUCAAAGUGCUCGUGGCACAGGGCUCCAGGGUUCUCCACACGGGAGACUGUGGCCUUCACCAGAAGGAGAACUGCAGGCCAGAAUGGGCCUCACAGAAAGUAGAGGAGAGCCUUCUAGCGGCCAACAACGGCCUCUUUCCGCCGUCUCUUGUCCUUAAUGGUGCAGAAGGAGUGGAGCACAAGGCGCACAUGAAGAAUGGAGGAUGGGGGGACGUCCGAGACCAUAUUCUAUGCAAAAACUACGCCAAACGUCUUUGAACUCCCAACUUUUCUCUAAGUCAUAUUCGUCAUUGGUAUUCUGCAAAUGUGCCAUUCAUUCAUAACUUUUCAGGGUUUCAGAGGCUGCAGUGGGUUGCGUUUUUCACGCGGGAGUGUGCUAAUGCUCUCUUCCAGCAAGAUCUUCCAAGAAAAGGGACCGAUUCAAAUCCCCAAAAAUGCUGCUGGUACACAGCUAGACUACAGCUUGUUUUGUAUGUUUUUAAUCGCCAAAGCUGCAAAGUUGCCAAAGACUACUUUUUUUUUUUUUUUUUAAUUUGUGUUGUGUUGAAUGCAGGCAAUCAUGUUGCCAGGUUUGUUUACUGUGUCUCUGGGUGUCUUCACAAGCCAAAACAUUAGAUUUAUUGCAGAAUGAUGGGGAUUAAGAGUAAACUAUGACACACACACACACACACACACACACACACACACACACACACUAAUUUGCAAUUUUAUUUGCAAAUAUAUUUUUUCUUGACUGGGAACGUUGCACAGGAUGUAGUUAAUACGCAAUUUAUUCCCAACAAGUUCAGUGUGUUAGUGUGUGAUGAAUGCCUGUCUGGCAUUUCUUUCAUGACCCAUUCAGCUGGAAUGCUUUUGCAUGUGCUCUUUUAAUGGUACGAUUUUUAAAUUGCAACAACAAAAAAAGACUACUGUACAGACGUAUAGGUUUAAUUUAAAAAAAAAAAAGUGUAAGACAAUCUUAAAUAGAAUGGGGAAAGUUGUAGUUUAUACAGCUGUAGUUUAUACAGCAACUGUCUUUUUUUCAAGUUGACCAUUGACUAUAAUGUCAACAAAUGAUUUAAUGCAUAUAAUGGAAUUUGUGUUACUUAAACCAGGGGUCUUUUUCUUUUGAGGUGAGGUCAACUGGUACCACUUACUUAAUCAGUCUCCUACUCCCCACUGUAAUGACCCCUGGUUGCAACAAGAGAGCUGGCUUGAUGUUGAUUUUUAAAAUUUUUUUUUUUUUUUCUUCUUUUGGUUGUGACUCUUAUUUGUUUUCCGAUAGGUGGAAAGUGACCUUUUGGAGUCUUGUUCAAGAUCCUUUUGUUCUGCAAACAUCAGGGGGAUCUGUGAUUCGGCAUUCCUAUAUUUGCACCUUCUCUGUUAAAAUUUAUUUUGGGAUAUUACAUCCAAAUGAAAACGGAAUGAAUUGUUUUGGGGUUUUAUAAAAAAUGUGUUGUUCCUUUUUUCUGGCAUUCACUAAUAAUCCAACUAUAGCUGAAGUUGUGUUAUUUAAUUUGAAUUAGUUAUCAACACAAGCAUAUUGAUGCGAUUAUUGCCUUUUUUUAAAGCUGACCAAAAGUGCCUUGAUUGUUAUUUGUACCAUUUUUAAAAGAGAUUUUUAAAGGUGCACUGAUAACAUUGUUGUUGACAAAGUACAAAUGCGUUUGUAAGUGCUGGGGACUUGUAUAUAUUUUAUGUCUUUCUUCAUGAGAUGUUGAGGGGAAAAUGGAAUGUGAACGUCAAUUUCACAAAAAUCUUCAUUGUACAAUUAGGGGGAAAUAAUUGCAUUGCUCUGGCAUCUUGUAACGGGUGACAGCGGUUCCAGAUAGGUUCAAUCUGAUAUUAGUUCACCUCAGUGUGCCUUAUGGAGAUUCCUGGUGAAAUAAUAUGAAAUUAAUGUGAUAAUGAAACAAACAAUCUUUAUUUGUUGAAAAGCACAAUUUGUUUUAAGUAACAUGGCAAAGAUGGCCUAAUAAAUAAAGUACUUUGUAAAAAUGACUUCACUGAAGUGUGUGUGUGUGUGUGUGUGUGUGUAUGCAGGAUGUUUGAUUCCUUAGUGGGUAGAUAAUAAGACCAACUUUUUGGUUUUCUUUCUGAUAAUCACUUGAAAUAGCUGUUCAUUGUUCACCUAUUGUCUGCCAAAUGGAAACAAUAAAAGGCUGAACUUUC